GAGGGCGCGCCGGCCGGAGGCGCGAAGCCGUUGUGGUGUGAGAAUGAUGGCGGCCGGGCCUGGAGCGCCGCGCGGGGGCGGGCCAGUCAGCGUCGUGCUGUGGCUAGGGAUCCUUGGGGCUGUGCUGGGGACUGCCCAGGCUGCGGUGUAUUUCCGGGAGCAGUUUCUGGACGGAGGCGGUUGGCGGAAGCGCUGGGUGAGCUCUGAGUCCAGGCCAGACCUCGGGACGUUUCAGCUCUCUGCUGGGAAGUUCUACGGGGAUCCUGUGAGAGACAGAGGUCUACAAACAAGUGAAAACUCCAAGUUUUAUGCGAUCUCCUCACGAUUUAAGCCAUUUAGUAACAAAGGGAAGACUCUGGUCAUUCAGUAUACUGUGAAACAUGAGCAGAAGAUAGAUUGUGGUGGGGGAUAUGUAAAGAUUUUUUCCUCGGACUUGGAUCAGAAGAACCUGAGUGGAGCUUCCCCAUACUACAUCAUGUUUGGGCCAGAUAUUUGUGGAUCUGAGACAAAGAAGGUCCAUGUUAUUUUAAAUUACAAGAAUAAACUUCACCCAAUCAAGAAACCAAUCAGAUGUAAGGUUGAUGGAUAUACACAUCUGUAUACUUUAAUCAUAAGGCCAGAUCAGACUUAUGAAGUAAAGAUUGAUAACGAAGUGGCAGCUUUGGGCAACUUAGAGGAUGAUUUGGAUUUCUUGCCACCAAGGAAAAUUAAUGAUCCAGCAGUGAAGAAACCCAGUGAUUGGGAUGAUCGAGCCCACAUUGAUGAUCCAAAUGACAUCAAACCUGAGGAUUGGGAUGAACCUGAGUAUAUUAUGGAUACUAGUGAUGAGAAACCAGAAGACUGGGAUCAUGCUGUGCAUGGAGAGUGGAGUUAUCCUAUGGUCAAGAAUCCUCUGUACAAAGGAGUGUGGAAACCAAGACAGAUUGAUAACCCAAACUAUAGAGGUGUUUGGCCUCAUCCUCAGAUUGACAAUCCGCAUUACUCACCAGACUACAAUAUCUACAGCUAUGAAAACAUUGGUGCCAUUGGACUAGAUAUCUGGCAGGUGAGAGCUGGCACAAUUUUUGACAAUUUCUUGAUAACGGAUGAUGAGGACUAUGCAGAAGACUUUGGAGAUGAAACGUGGGGAGAAACAAAGGAUCCUGAAAAGGAAAUGAACAUAAGGCAGGCUGAAGAGGAGCAGCAAAGAGAAAGGGUCGCGGAAGAAGAAUACUUUGAGCAGUGGCUUAAGAAAAAACAAGGGGGAAAAAGAGAAUCUCAAAAAGAUAGAACAAAGAAGAGCCCUAUCGGGAAAGAGGAGCUUUAAUUGUUUGAAAGAUGCUCACAUCACUCUGUGAGGACUUUGAUGUUUUGUUGGAGUCUGCACUGUGAAGCUGUAUCGACAGGACGUUUUUAAUGGUCAUUUUAAAUUUGUGAACGCUUUCAGUUACUUUUCAGAAAAAUACCACCAUGUAGUAAUUAUUUUAACUACUAGAAGGGUAACUUUUAUUAAAUAUAUUUUAGCUGUGUUAAGAUAACCAUUUUGUUUCGAUGUUUUGAAACUCUUACACUUUGUUGUGAUUUAAUAUUAAAUGUAAAUUCAUGGUAACUUUUGAGGAGAUAUCAAAAUAAGCUUUGUUUCAUUAAAGGCUUCUAUGUGAAGCAUUUUCAAACUGAA